AGCAAUGGAUUCACCAAUGUGCCUCAUCGACAACGUAGAUGGUGUGAUUCGACCUGUCCCAGAUGCCAUCAACCACCUUAUGAAGAUCCGUCAGCGUGUCGUAGUAGUGGCAGUGGUCGGGUUGUACCGCACCGGCAAGUCUUACCUCAUGAACAAGCUGGCUGGCAGGAACGACGGAUUUGCCCUGGGAUCCACCAUACAGUCCAAGACUAAGGGCAUCUGGAUGUGGUGUGUGCCUCAUCCUAAACAAGCUGACCUCACUCUGGUGCUGCUGGACACAGAGGGACUAGGGGACGUAGAGAAGGGAGAUUCCAAGAACGAUGCCUGGAUUUUCUCCCUGGCUAUUCUGCUCAGCAGCACUCUGGUCUAUAACAGUCGAGGGACCAUAGACAACCAGGCUGUGGAGAACCUCCAAUAUGUGACUGAGCUGUCGGACAGAAUCAAGGUGAAGUCCCCCAGCCAUGCUUCAUCCAGUAAGGAGGAUGAGGAGGAGGGAGGGGAUGCCCAGUUUGUCCAGUUCUUUCCUAACUUUGUCUGGGCAGUCAGAGAUUUUACUCUGGACCUCAAAAUUGAUGGUAAAGACGUGACUGCGGAUGGGUAUCUGGAGCACUCUCUGGAACUCAAGAAAGGUAAGGGCAAGACGACCACUAACUACAACCUCCCGCGAGAGUGCAUCCGCAACUACUUCCCCACACGCAAGUGUUUUGUGUUCCUGCCCCCUACUUCCUAUGAACACAUGUCCCGACUGGAGUUCAUAGAUGAGAAGGAACUCUACCAAGGUUUCAGGGAGACCACAGACACUUUCUGCAACUACAUUUUCCAGAUGAGCCAUGUAAAAACUGUCAAAGGGGGCGUAGAAGUUACUGGAAGAAGGCUUGGCCACUUGGUCAAAAUGUACGUAGAGACCAUCUCCCAGGGCGGAGUUCCCUGUCUGGAGAACGUGGUGCUGGCCAUGGCCCAGAUAGAGAACCAGGCAGCGGUGGAGGAGGGGCUGAAGCUGUACCAGAGCUGCAUGGAGCCGCUGAAGACCCGGUUCCCAGUGGACAUGGACCAGAUGUCAGAUCAACACCAACGCGCUGACCAGCAGGCCACCCAAGAGUUCAUGAACCGUUCCUUCAAAGACGGAAAUGGGGAUUUCUUGAAAAUGCUGGCGACUGGUAUUACUAAGCACUACGAGGAACUUCUAACCCAAAACGGGGAAGCCUCAGAGAAGAAGUGUCAGUAUCUGCUGAGUAAACUCUCCGCUGUGGUCGCACAGAAGAUCCAGGACGGGUUCUUUGCCAAACCAGGUGGCUACGGGCUUUACUGUGAUCUCCACGAUAACUUGGUGGCAUUGUAUCGUUGCACACCUAGCAAAGGAAUCCGGGCUGAGGAGGUUCUGGAGCGGUUCCUGAAUGAGAAGAAUGUUGAGUCCCACUCCAUCUUACAAGCUGACCAGAAACUUACUGACAGCGAGAAGAGGAUCCAUGAGGAGAAGGAGAGAGCUGCUUUGCUGGAGCAGGAGAAGAAGGCUGCAGAGGAGAAACAUGAAGAGAUGGAGCUCAAAAUGGAGGACGCUCGCUGGAGCCAUGAGGACAAGAUGUGGAGGAUGGAGGAGAAAAUGAAGGAGGAAUUUAGGCAACAGCAGGAAGAGUUAAACAGGGCUCUAGAUCAUAAAAUGAAGUUGCAUAAGGCUCUUCUGGAGCAGGGUUGCAAGGAGAAGGCUGACUUGAUGAGGAUGGAGAUAGAGCAUGAUCAGCAGAUAAAGAAUAUGAGAAAGGAAAUUGAUUACUUGAAAAGUCACAAAUUUGACUGUAUUAUUGCCUAAAAACCAUUCAGAAGGUUCACCAAUGUCUCCCGGGGAAGAGCAAGUACCGCAUAAACCAAGGCCUUACCUGGGGGCCCCGAUUCGAUUCCACCCUGGGCAGUUUCCUGCAUCUCUUUCCCGUCUCUUUUCCUGCCUGUUCUGUCACUGUCUGUUAAAUAAAUAUA